AAAGCACGCUGCUACCGAUACAUCCUCACAGUCGAAUCCGAGUCAGCAAAUAUGAAGUUUCUGGUUGCCGUCUGCGUGGUGGUGGUCGCUGUGGCGGCGGAGGAGACCAAGAAGGAGAAGCGAGGCGUGCUCGGUCUCGACUCCUACGGUAGCCUGAACCACGGCCUGGAGUACGGCGCCAGCUACGGACACGGCCUAGAGUACGGCGCUGGCUACGGACACGGCCUCGACCUCGGCCACAGCCUCAGCCACGGCCACGGACACGCCAUCAUCGGCGAGCCCCAGAUUAAGAGCAUCCUCAUCGAGAAGGAAGUCGCUGUCGGCAUCCCCAAGCCCUACGCCGUGCCCGUCAUCAAGCACGUCGGCGUGCCCGUCAAGGUCGCCGUCCCCGUGCCCGUCGACAGGCCCGUGCCCGUGCACGUCAUCAAGCCCUACCCCGUGCACGUUGACAGGCCCUACGCUGUGCCCGUCGAGAAGCCCGUGCCCUACCCAGUCAAGGUCGCCGUCAAGGUGCCCGUCGCCGUGCCCGCCCCCUACCCCGUCAUCAAGCCCUACCCCGUGCACGUGCCCGUCGAGAAGCCCAUCGCCGUGCCCUACAAGGUGCCCGUCUACAUCAAGGAGCACUCCCACCACGACCUCCACCUCGACCACCACGAUGAGCUCAGCUCCUACGGCUCAUCCUACGGCUCAUCCUACGGCUCUUCCUACGGCCACCACUACUAGUCACUAUGAGUCACAGACUCAACCAUAAGUUCCUAAGCCCAUACGUCAUGUAAUGUAAAUACAGUCACCUGCUCACCUGCACGCUCCAAACCAAUAAAGUGAUACUUAGAUAU